AUGACCACCGAUGAGUGCCCCAGCUGCAUCGCCUCGAAGCGUUUCACGACGAGGCAGGUCGAAAUUAGUCCCUUCCAGGUGCGAUAUGUAUUCCGGAGGCGAUUUCGUGCCCUGUGUAGUGUUAGCGCCGACUUGCCACCAAGGGAAAGGUCAGAUUGGGAUCGGGUACAUAAGCUUGCCCCCUUGCACGUCAAUCCCCCCUCUCAUUGUAUUUUCAGUAUAGCCAUCCUCGAGCCAAACGCCGGAAUGAGCCAAACCGCCCCCCUCGCCUCCCCCACCGCCUCGCCUCCCCCGCUGGCGCAUGACGCACCCUGUCCGCCAGCCCCCCGGCUGGCGAGGCGGGUGCUGGCCUACCCAGGCCCGCCAGUUCUGCCUCAGUACUGGCAGUAUCAGGCUGUGCAGGGCCUUCCUGCAGCCUCGCAACCCCCCCUCCCCACCUCGCAGCCAAGCCUGCCGACCCCUCCCGCGUCUCCUGUGGCCACCGGACCUGCCGAAAUGAAAAAGCACAAAAAAAGAGGAGGAGUAUCAUGGAGUGCGGCAAGGGGGCGAGAUGAUAGCAAGUGGGGCGAGCAGGCAAGUGGUUGGGGAGGGGAAGAGCUAGUUCAGUCGAUCAGCAGGCAGCUACUUGGAGGAGGAAAGGAGGGGAAGGGAUGGAAAAGGCAUGCACUCUGUACUUAUACUGUCGUCUUGACACAGAUUCCCGCCUCCUUUUCCCGUUCCCGUUCCCGUGUCUUCAACGUGGAACUUCAAGCAGAUAUAGUACAGCAUACCGAGCUCGUAGCUGCCUCGCCACUCUUUGCCCAGCUCGAUCUCAUAGCCCCAACAGCGCACAUCAUCCAUAGGCACGCGCAUAGCGGCAAGUCCCGGCCGGUAGGCAGCGCUCGCUCGUCUGUCCUCUCCAUGGCUGCAGUGGCCGUGCCGGGCGCAUCCUCGGACCUUGCCGCUUCAUCAGCACCUCUAUCCCACGCCUAUUAG